CCUACCAAUCAAGCAAUCGAACUGUCGUUUGACCUUUUGCUUUUGCAGAGCAGCAUGACCCGCACAACGAACGCUUCGCGCGGAGCUUCCCGCACUCCAGGAAGAAGCAGCAACAGGAGCAGCAGCAGCACAACGGAGCAGCAUCAGUCCCAGCAGCAGCCUCGGCAGCAGCAGCCGCAGCCGCAGCAGCGGCAGCGCGUGCGAGAAGCGCUCGCGGCAGUCGCGGGGCUGCCGCUGCCGCCGCAGCUCGGCCACCAAAACGCACGGGCACAGAUUGCGCUGGGAGAGCUCAGGGCCGCAGAGGCCGCAUGUCGGUCUGAAGAGCUGCUGGGCGCAGACGCAGCAACGCUCGUGGCGCUCUGCGCCGCGCACGGUUGGGCUGCCCGCGCGUACGCUGCAGACCCCAACCUGGAGAUAGCCGUGGCGUUUUUGAAAGAGACUGCUGCCAUGCUUGCAUUGCGCCUGACGCUGAUGCGGAACGCGGGUGACAAUCGGGAGCCCGCGAGUUGCUGGCGAGUCCACGUCGCGAGCGGUCGGCUGGUCACGCUCGCGCUGCUGCGGGGCGAUCUGUUGGGCGUGUAUGCGCGCAUUGCUCGCAACUGCUGCGCAAGCUCAGCUUCCACAGCAGCAACAGCAGCAGCAGCAGGUGCCCCGAAGGGCAAAGCACGCCCCGCGACAGCGAGCGCCUUGGAGGCGGCAGAAGGGAUCGAGGGCGCCGGGCGCCGCACUUGGCGCCGCUUAUGCUUACAAGACUGCCUGCUCGUGCUGGGCUCUCUCGCCGCCUGGACGAACGGUGUUGCAGGCGACGACCUUUGCGGGGGCUGCUCGCCUCAGGACAUUCAGCAGGAGCUUCUCGCGGCGCUUCAUCGCAGCCAGCUGCUUGAGCACGCGUCGGCAGCAUUGCUGCGAGGCGUGGCCAUGGCAGCAAGGGCGGCGGAGGCAGGUGACGGCGGCGGCGGGGUGGGCGCGGGCGGGGCCGCGCAGCAGGAUGUGGAGGCGGCGGCGGCGGCGCUAACGGCACCCCUCGCCACCACCCUCUGCGCGCUGCUGGACGUGCUGCUGGCGCCGCACAGCGUCGGCCUGGGGCCACCGGCCGCCGAUGCUACUGCCGCCGCCGCCGCCGCCGCCGAUGCUACUGCGUGUGAGCCUGCUGCUGACCUGCUGCGGCAGUGUCUGUGCGGCGCCGCCGUGCAGUGCUUCCUGGUCUGGGUCCUGCCCGCCGCCUGCGACGGCAUGCAGAGCCUCCAGCAGGACCCCGCCGGCAGCAGCGGCAGCAGCAGCAGCAGCGGCAGUGGUGGCAGUAGCAACUGCGGUGUAAGCGGCAGUGGUGGCAGUAGCAGUUACGGCAGCAACGGUGAAAGCGGCAGCGGCAGCUGCAGUGGUAGCAGUGGUGGCAGCGUACCGGCUCCCUUGGCGCCGUUGGCGGCUGGUGCAGCGGCUGGGGCGGCGGCGGCGCCGCUGCUGCCGCACCAACCCGACCGCCGGUACUCGAUUGCUGCCAUGCGGCGCCGGCGGCUGCCGGCUGGGCUGGAUCGCUCGCUCAUACUCACCGACGCAGCAGGCGGCCCCCAGGCCCCCCUGCGGUCGUCGGCCGUGGGGAACCUCACCGUUGCCCGCGCCUUUGUGGAAGGCAUGCUGUGCACCUUCAGCGGCGGCCCCUGGCCCCUGCUGAUGCCGCCGCUGGGGGAGGCCGACGCCGGAGAGCCCCCGGCGCCAGCAGAUGCAGGCUCGCCGGCGGCAGGGGCGCUAGCGGCAGGGUCAGCGGGGGUCCCGACAGCCGGGGUGCCGCCACACGAAAAUGCAAGCUGCUGCCUGCUGCGGCGGGCUGCUGCCGCGGCGGGCGGCGACAGUGGCGGCAGUAGGGACGAUAGGGGCGGCGGCAGUGGGGGCGGCAGUGGGGGCGGCAGUGGGGGCGGCAGUGGGGGCGGCAGUGGGGGCGGCAGUGGGGGAGGCAGUGGGGGAGGCGCUUGCGGCGGCGGCAGCCAGCUGUCACGUGCGGGCGUGUUCGACCUGUUUGCCUCGUGCUGGCCCGCCUAUCGGGAGCUUGCCGGCUUGCAGAACGAGGCGCACUUGCGUGACAAAGCUGUCCUGCUGCUGACCAACCUGCUGCUGCAGCUGCAGCCGCGCCAGGCGGCGCCACGGCUGACGCGGUUGUGGGAGGUGGUGCUGGAGGAGCUGGCGUGCGGGAACGUGUCCGCAGCACCAGACGCGCUGCAUACCCUGGUGUUGUUGCGGCUGGAUGCGCCGGGCCGCCGCCACCGCGGCCAUCCGCAACAACAUGAACAGCACCGAUCACAGCAGCUGCACGAUGGCCAACAGCAGCCGCAGCCGCUGCAACGGCAGUCGUCCUUGCGGCCGCAGCAGCCGCAGCCAGAAGCAGCAGCAGUGCCAGCAGCGCCGCAGUCGGCUGCUACAGCUGUAACCGCAGCUAGGGCCGUGGCAGCGGCAGCAGCCGAUCCCAGCUACAGCCUGCGCUGCGCUCUAGAUGCGGGGCUACUGCCGGCGCUGGAGCGGGCGCUGCGGUACAACGGCGGCGGUGACGGCGGAGACCGCGCAGCCGCGUUCAGUGCUGCCUUUGAUGCCAUCGCGCCUGUCCUGAAGUGCACCGGCGGCGACGCUUGGCCAGUACUGAUGGCGCACGGCUCCCUGCCCGCGGCGGCGGCGCUGGUAGUGACCCUGGGUUCGGGUCUCCGCUUGCUGCAGGCUGAUGCCGCUGCCGCCGCCGCCGCCGCCGCUGCCGCCGCCAGCACGGACGGCAUGCCGGCGGCCCGAGCCACGGCCCCGCCGGCUCAUGCUGCCGCCGCCGCAGACAGCGCCGCUAGCACCUGCUGGAGCCUGCUUGUCGGAAUGAUCACCGAUGCGGAACUUGGCGCCCCGCCGCGACCUCGCCCGCGGGACCAGCCGCCACAGGGGCAGUCAGCACCGCAGGCCAGCGCCAGCGCCAGCGCCAGCGCCAGCGCCAGCGCCAGCGCCAGCGCCAGCGCCAGCGCCAGCGCCAGCGCCAGCGCCAGCGCCAGCGCCAGCGCCAGCGCCAGCGCCAGCGCCACAGCAGCAGGCGGUGCCACAGCGGCAGGCGGUGCCGGCGGUGUGGCAGGCGGCCACGGCUCGCGGGCAGCUGCAGCCGCCGGUGCCGAGCCGCCGCCGCCGCCACCAAGCUUUCCUGGCUCCAUUCGUGCCGCUGCCAGGUGGGAGCAGCAGCGACUGCUUCUCAGCCUAGCCGUGCAGCAGUGGGUCCCAGCGCUAGCGUGGCAGGUGGCAAUGGACGCACCGCGUGCCACUUCUGAAUGCGAGCGGAGCAACAGCUGCCAUUACAUGAACAUACUUGCAUGGCUGCAAAUGCUCUCGCUGGUGCUUGUGCAGGGCGUAGCAGCUGUAGAUGCGAGGCUUCCUGCACACGACGGGUCAGCUGCAUCGGCGGCGGCAGCUGCAUCGGCGGCGGCGGCGGAGGCGGAGGCGGCGACACGCGCGGGUGACGUGGCGGCGGGAUUGGGCCGAGGACGGCGCCACCGCCAGCAGCAGUCCUGGACCGGCCUUGUCGACCGCCUGAUUGCGACAAACCUUGCUGAAGCUGUGCUGGCCGGAAACUUUGUCCAGCUGGUUGCGAGCAGCGGCGACUUUGAUGCGCAGGAGGUUGUGAUUGAUUUUUUCGCCGCGUGGUGGUCGGCGGCGCAGGAGCUGCAGCUGUUGCAGCCAGCCGCCGCCGAGCUGUUUGGCCAGCGCGGCACAGCGUUGGCGGCGGCUGCAGCGGCCGCGUUGGUGGUAGGAGGCGAGAAAGGCCAGAGGGCACGGAAGGCUGCGCUCGGGGCCCUGGGGGAAAUGGCGAGGCGGUGCGACUGCCCCGUGCUUACAGUGCAUUGUGAUACGGAGGCGCCGAGUCAGCGCGAGCUUGGGGAGCAUAUUCUUGACAUUUUGACAUCCCGGGCAGCGUUGGCAGAAAGGGUUGUGGGCGGCGGUUGGUAUAAAUUCACGCUGCGGGGCGGCUCACGAAUUCUGCUGUCGCCGCUGGAGUUGGAGGCGCGGCUGCGGGCUGUAGCGGCGGAUGUGGCUGUAGCGGCGGAUGUGGCUGUAGCGGCAGUGCCGUCGCAGGCGGCGGCGACUGGUGGUGGCUGCGGUGACGGCGGCGGCGGCGACACUGUUCGGCGUGGUGCGGUGCUGUGUGGCAACCCCGACUGCUGCAGCCUUGACGGGCCCAGGGCGGUGUGAAGGCCCAGGCGGCAUGCAGGCAGUGAAUCGCGGGCGCGAGCACUGACUUUGGCUUUAAGGCGUGGGCUUGGGAUGGGUUUGCAUUGCGCACCACAUAUUGACGUGCGUUGCGGAACUAAUGCGUACGUAGACCAGAGCGGAAGGCGAAGUGGGCUUGCAGGCGGCACGAGAGCAGGCAGUCAGUAGCGCAAGUUGCGAAUUCACAUGUUACCUCGUAACCGACGGUAAACGCUAUGGACGGUCGGGCCCAUGGCUGGCUGACGGAAGGCGGCUGCUGUAUUGGGAUGGCUGGGCUGGGCGACGGCGGCCGGGCUGGCGUUGGGACUACCAGAAGGAUGCGCCCGAAACCAACCUGGAGACCACAUACCGUACUGGUUUUGGGCACUGGCGCAUGCUUGUGUGUGUGUGUGGGGGGGGGGGGUUGUAGACGGUGGCACGCCGUACAGACACAGACGGCAGACAUGGCCACAUGGGGUCAAGAGGUCCACACAAAAUUGGCGGAAGCUGUUGCAGUGUUGCUGUUGGGAGGAAGUGGCUGUUGCCCGGCAAGCAAGGGCAGACGAGCAGGGCCGAGCAAGUCCGCGUGCACAUGGGGUGAGCUCCUUCACCGCUGUGCGUGUUGUUCAUGUGGUUCGUACUGUGCGUGCAAAGAGGUUCGUGCCUGGCUGCUGCUCAUGAGGACGCAUCAGGGUUCGAGGUCAGGGUCCGAGAGUUGAGGGAGCUGUGCGGAUGGGCAAGCUAGGCAGGACUUGGCGGGCACACGGGUGACAGGAGGCAACAACAUGCCGCCCUGCCUUGAUGGCGGCAAAGGGUCGUCACGGGUUUGGGGCACGUGCACAUGGCAUGGCUGGGUUUCGCAUCUGUUAGCCAUGGCCGUGGCACUUGCACUCACUUGCACUUGCAGGUCAGGCUUUGGGGUCACGAGGAGCUAGCGCCUAGCGGCCGAGGCCGCUUGAAAAAUAGCGUCACUCUGAGGUUGAACAAAGUGCUGAUCCCGACUGUGUUUGUGGUGUGGGCAAGGUGCUUUUGCCUGGCAAGGAACCAAGGAGACCCCAGUGUCCGCGGUUAAUGCUCGCGGUCGUGCUCGCGGUCUUGCUCGCGGCCAUGGGGCUUCCUCGGGAUCGUGGAUCAAGCAGUAGGGUUCCAUCCGUGCACCACAUGCUACGCAGUCGCUCAUGCAGACUUAGGCCACAACUGCCAGACCCGAGUAAGUCACAGCACGGAAGUCGGAGGGGUGUUCAGCAGUUCAGCGCACGUAGGUUGAGGAAAGGCUCGACGAGAAGGGUCAGCAGGUCACAGCAGGCCACCUUCAUCAUAUGAGCGAGGACAUAGAGAGUGGGGAUUGUGCAAGUGGCGGAAUCAAAUCAGCUCGAGUCC